CGUAUCAAAGGAGUAAUAUAAAACAAAGGUUGCCGUAAACACAGCGAACUCUAAACCGUUAACACGAUAUCCUAUUAUCAGUAGUUUAUUGUCCCACUCCAAACACACUUGAUUGUUGAGGGUGUCGAUUAUAGACAUACGGAUGGCGCGACAGUAUAUGUUACAGAAGCAGCCAAAGAAUAGGAACGCAUGGUUUGGAAUGCAGAAACGUAACAAAGUGGACGUGACCGAAUUAAAGACAAAGUCGCCAGCUACAUUCCAAGAAUCGCUACGGGCGACACUCAUCAUUGGCCAGGUUUUCUCUUUGAUCCCUGUUACUGGCAUCUUCAGAAAGACUUCUGACGUCAGAUUCACAUGGCUAUCAUGGAAGUGCUUAUACCUCUCUUUGUCCCUGAUCGGUCAAAUUUUCAUAACAGUAAUGUGCAUACACAAAGUGGUUCACUCGCAGACCUCUCUUAAUGGAACAACACCAAUAAUAUUCUAUAGUACGACCUGUAUCACGAUGCUGAUGUUCUUCCAAGUGGCGAGGAAGUGGCCCAAUUUGGUUCAGUAUGCAGCUAAGAUCGAGGAACUCGAUCCCAGUUAUGACACCAAACUUGCAUAUAAAUGCAACGGGACUUGCGCGGUUGUUUUGGCUCUGGCUUUAUUAGAACACAUACUGUCAUUAUUGUCAGCAUUUGCUGGGGCCAUGGUAUGCUAUCCAGAUCUCAGUCUAUAUGAAGGUUUUGUAAAGCAUUUCUACCCUUGGGUAUUCAACUUUCUCCCAUAUUCACCAUUAUUAGGCAUGGUCACUCAAUUCCUCCACUUCCAGUCCACUUUUAUAUGGAACUUUUCAGACUUAUUCGUGAUAUGCAUGAGUUACUACCUGACGUCACGCUUGGAGCAUGUUAAUAUGAAAUUACUUGCGGCCCAGGGCAAGUAUUUACCAGAAGUAUUCUGGCGUAAUACACGGGAAGAGUACGGCCGUGCUGCGCAAUUGGUUCGCAAAGUUGAUGACGUCAUGAGCGGUGUUGUCUUCAUAUCCUUUGCAAACAAUCUGUUCUUCAUCUGCCUGCAAUUGUUCAAUACAUUGGAGCACGGGAUAAAAGGCACAUCUGAAUGCAGCAGUCGACAACAAGGAACAACGAUCUUUGGCGGCUACGAGGCGGCCAUAUAUUUCCUAUUCUCACUGAUCUAUCUCAUAUCGCGGUCCGUAGCCGUGUCCCUGAUUGCUUCCCAGGUGAAUACAGCGUCAAACACACCCGCACCGGUGCUGUAUGACGUGCCUUCGCCAGUGUAUUGCGUUGAGGUGCAAAGAUUCCUGGACCAAGUGAAUGGGGACAAAGUCGCUUUGAGCGGCUUACAGUUCUUCAGUGUAACUCGAAGCUUACUUCUCACUGUUGCUGGUACGAUAGUGACGUACGAGCUAGUGAUGUUCCAGUUCAACUCACCGCAACCAUCCACUAGCAAUAGUUCUGCACCAGUUAAUUAA